CCUGGGUUAAAAGCAGCUCCAUCGACGUAGGCAUGUCCCACUGGUGUCGUUGGUGAUGAUGUUGGGCUACGUGGAGUUAUGUGGUGUUUAACGCUUGUAACGAGUGCGCAAAAGAUUAACUCGUCACGUGAGGAAGAAGUUUAAUCCUUGCGACGUUCCCGACAGGGGAACAUCCUGGGGAACAUCGAAAGCAUUUUGCAAGGACCACCUGCCCCCGUUUGCCGUUGACAUCCAUAGUUUAAUUCCUCGCAAACCGCAAUAUCGAAACCAUGAUCAACAUAAGACCAGCUACCGUCGAUGAUCUCCUCUCGAUGCAGAACUGCAACUUGAUGAACCUGCCAGAAAACUACCAGAUGAAGUACUACAUCUACCACGCGCUAUCGUGGCCGCAGCUGUCCUAUGUCGCGACCGAUCCGAAAGGGAGGAUUGUGGGCUACGUUUUGGCGAAAAUGGAAGAAGACUCGACAGACUCUCCUCACGGGCACAUCACGAGUUUGUCAGUCAUGCGAAACUGGCGGCGUCUGGGGCUUGCGGAGAAGCUCAUGAGUCAAGCACAAAAGGCAAUGGCAGAAGCCUUCCAAGCGCACUACGUCUCGUUGCACGUGCGUAAAAGCAACCGCGCCGCGCUGCAUCUGUAUCGGGAUACGCUGAAGUUUGAGGUGCAUGACCUCGAGAAGGCUUAUUACGCGGAUGGAGAGGACGCAUAUGCCAUGCGCAAGAACUUACGAGAGUCGGAAGCCUCGGCCUUGGCCAACCCAGCGAAAUCAAAAGCUGUGAAUGGGCAGGGACCCGUUACGGCUUCUACAUGAGCGUCCCCCUUUGGAUACAUUCAGAGGCGAAUCUCACCAGGGGGUGAUCUACCCCACUCGGAGAUGAUGGCGUAUAACGCCGCAUCGCCGCGCCGCCGCACCCGCCUGCUCACGGCUUGCCCACACAUACGACCGUCUCCUGUACCGACCAAUCCAGUGUAGAGCGCUCACACCUCACCUGCCCCCAUCGUGUAUUUAUUUACAAUACAAUCACUGCGAAAAGGUGCGCGGAAC